AUGGCGCGGACCCCAGGGUCGGCUCCGCUGUAUCCCGGAGGCGGCAAAGCACAACUUUCUUCCGCUUCUCCCCCCGGAGCCGGGCUCCUGCUGCCGCCACCGACGCCGCCGCCGCCGCUGCUGCUGCUGCUCUUCCCGCUGCUGCUCUUCUCCCGGUUCUGUGGUGCCUUAGCUGGACCAAUUAUUGUGGAGCCACAUGUCACAGCAGUAUGGGGCAAAAAUGUUUCAUUGAAGUGUUUAAUUGAAGUAAAUGAAACCAUAACACAAAUUUCAUGGGAGAAGAUACAUGGCAAAAGUUCACAAACUGUUGCAGUUCAUCAUCCUCAAUAUGGAUUCUCUGUUCAAGGAGAGUAUCAGGGAAGAGUCUUGUUUAAAAACUAUUCACUUAAUGAUGCAACAAUUACGCUACAUAACAUCGGAUUCUCUGAUUCUGGAAAAUACAUAUGCAAAGCUGUUACUUUUCCACUUGGAAAUGCUCAGUCCUCUACAACAGUAACUGUAUUAGUUGAACCCACUGUGAGCCUGAUAAAAGGGCCAGAUUCUUUAAUUGAUGGAGGAAAUGAAACGGUAGCAGCCAUUUGUAUUGCAGCAACUGGAAAACCAGUUGCACAUAUUGAUUGGGAAGGUGAUCUUGGUGAAAUGGAAUCCACUACAACAACUUUUCCAAAUGAAACUGCAACAAUUGUCAGCCAGUACAAGCUGUUUCCAACCAGAUUUGCUCGUGGAAGACGAAUUACUUGUGUUGUAAAACAUCCAGCCUUGGAAAAGGAUAUCCGAUAUUCUUUCAUAUUAGAUAUACAAUAUGUUCCUGAAGUGUCAGUAACAGGGUAUGAUGGAAAUUGGUUUAUAGGAAGAAAAGGUGUUAACCUCAAGUGCAAUGCUGAUGCAAAUCCACCCCCAUUCAAAUCUGUGUGGAGCAGGUUGGAUGGACAGUGGCCUGAUGGUUUAUUGGCUUCAGAUAAUACUCUUCAUUUUGUCCAUCCAUUGACUUUCAAUCAUUCUGGUGUUUAUGUCUGUAAAGUGACCAAUUCCCUUGGUCAAAGAAGUGAUCAAAAGGUCAUCUACAUUUCGGAUCCUCCUACUACUACCACCCUUCAGCCUACAAUUCAAUGGCAUCCCUCAACUGCUGACAUCGAGGAUCUAGCAACAGAACCUAAAAAAUUGCCUUUCCCAUUGUCAACUUUGGCAACCAUUAAGGAUGACACAAUUGGCACGAUCAUUGCUAGUGUAGUGGGUGGGGCUCUCUUCAUAGUACUUGUAAGUGUUUUGGCUGGAAUAUUCUGCUAUAGGAGAAGACGGACGUUUCGUGGAGACUACUUUGCCAAGAACUACAUUCCACCAUCAGAUAUGCAAAAAGAAUCACAAAUAGAUGUUCUUCAACAAGAUGAGCUUGACUCUUACCCAGACAGUGUGAAAAAAGAAAAUAAAAAUCCAGUGAACAAUCUAAUACGUAAAGACUAUUUAGAAGAACCUGAAAAAACUCAGUGGAACAAUGUAGAAAAUCUCACUAGGUUUGAAAGACCAAUGGAUUAUUAUGAAGAUCUAAAAAUGGGAAUGAAGUUCGUCAGUGAUGAACAUUAUGACGAAAAUGAAGAUGAUUUAGUUUCACAUGUUGAUGGUUCAGUAAUUUCAAGGAGGGAGUGGUAUGUUUAG